GAGGGUACAAGUCCAGACCAUUGACCGAUCAAGGCAUGCUCACGUUGCUCUCUCGACGUGGCUCUCAACAAUAGAGUAGCGACACAAGCAAAAAACCAUUACCCCUCCACACUUUACUCUGUCGCUCCUUUCUCUCUCUCUCUUUCCCAUUAAAAUGAAUAUGAACGCCCCUCAGGCUCGUAGUGGACGAGAUAGCCCUCAACCGGGACCAUUUGGUUAUUCCUUUCUUUCGCCUAUGGAUACUCCUUACGAACCUGCACCUGCGCCUCCUCCCGGGCCAGCCCUUCUUGAUGAUAACGAGUCUAAUAUGCUUGAUAAUUUCUUCACGACAAUGAAUUCCAACCAUUUCACGAACGACUUCUGGCUACAGGGCCAACAGAACAAGUCACUUGGGCCGACAAACUUUGAAUGGUCAGAUGAACUGCCUCCAACAUUCGAAGGCUCCACAACCUCUCUCUCACAACCGUCACUUCCUCACCGUGGCCUAGAUAAAUCUGGGAUGGACAUUUUACCUAACCAUUCAAAUUCGGAUAUCUUUGCGGCUGCUUCCAUGCUCUAUCAGAACGGCAUGAAUGGGGCUGGACUCGUUCCUCCUUUUGCACAUCACCCAUUCUCCUCUUUUCCAGAGAUGGACUACAAUAAUGCCCGUUUGAAUGGUCGCGUAAAACCCCAACAACCACAACCAGUGUCAUCCAAACAAUCGAACACGUUUACUGGUGCACGUACACCGAUGGCUUAUCACACGUCGGAAAUGCUCUUCGAUGUACGAGAUCCAAUAUCACCAGAGCAACAAGCCACUGCUAAAGUACGGCCCCUUCAUUGGGGUUCUGAUGUCAGCUUUAUGGACCAAGGAUAUGUGGCACCGCCUGAUCAGCCGAACGUAGAAGAACAGACGCAGGAGUUGCUUCGCCAUCUCGAGUCUCUUGAGCCCCAAAGCAGUGCUGCCAAUACUCGUGCACCAAGUCCGGAACGUAUCACCGGCCACCACAGUGCUCAUUGGACAGGACCAGAUGCAACCGGGCCACUCGGUGAUUUACGCAGGGAAUACAGGGACAGCAUGGAAGAUCUAUCGCAGCCUAAGAAACGGCAAAGGACCUUGAUCAAAGAAGAAGAGGAUGAGAAUUCGGAGGAUGACUCGAAACCGAGGUCAAGAAGAUCCAAGAGUACGAGCUAUGGCAAAAAUCGGCGAAUGUCAACUGAGACCAUCCGAAAAUCGAAAGUUCAGCAGGGUGCCAAACCAGCAAGGGAGAAUCUCACAGAGGAACAAAAACGCAGUAAUCACAUUUUGUCUGAGCAAAAACGCAGAAACUUGAUUAGGCAGGGAUUCGAUGAUUUGUGCACGCUUGUACCUGGGUUGAAGGGUGGAGGCUUCAGCAAAAGUGCCAUGCUUACGCAAGCUGCAGACUGGCUAGAGGAGAUACUUCGUGGGAAUGAGAUUCUAAAGGCGCAGCUAGCCGAUAUGAAAGCUAUGAAUGGCUUGGUUAUGCCUCGAUAACGCGUAUGUCUAUUAUGCGACUAUGACCUACCUUUUCUUCUUCCCACCCUGUCGAACACUUUUUCGAGCACAGGCAAUUUUACCAAGUUCUCUGAGCUGAAGCGAUUAGCGAUUUAGGCGGUGUACAUUGUUGAAAGUUUGAUUCACGGGGCGUUUAUUAUCUGGCGAUCAUGAUCUAUCCCCUAAGAUAUCUAUGUGUUCUCCUUCCCUCCUGUUCUUUCAAGCCUGUCUCGUUGCUGUUACGAUGUGCUUCAUGCCUUAUAAUACCCUUGAUUGCUCAGGCCUAAGAGCCGAGCCUUAUGAUCUGUGUCUUGUACGCAUAAU